AUGGCACGAGAAAAAUCCAAGGUGGCUCUCGAUGGAGCAAGGAUGCAGGCAGAGCGCUGCAUGGAGGCUUUCAAUGGAGUGAAGGGGUUGGUGAUGUGGUGCGGAUUCUGUAGAUACUCCCCAACGGAUUGGACCGUGGUGCACACAGAAGACCUCAGGCAGAUCAGACUCCUAACAGAGGCUGGUUGGUUACUAGAAAAAUACAGUAAAGAGGUUGAAGUGUUGAAGGAAGAAGUGAAGGAUAUGCUAGUACUAGAUCACCAUGUUGGAGCAGAGAAGAUGGUUCUGAUCGAUGCACUUGAACGCCUUGGUGUUUCGUACCUCUUCCAGAAAGAGAUUGAAGAGCUUUUGGAGAACAUGUUUCCAAAGUUUGAGGAAUAUAGUCAUGUUUUCCAUGAUAAUUUGUUCAUGGUGUCACUUCACUUUCGAGUGUUCAGGCAACAUGGCUAUGACUUGUCUUCCGAUGCCUUUGAAAGAUUUACACACAGUAAUGGCGAGUUCAAGGAAACCAUAAGCAGUGAUGUGAUGGGUAUGUUAAGCCUAUAUGAAGCUACUUUUUUGAAGACUCAUGGAGAAGAUAUACUUGACAAGGCCUUUUGUUUUACAAAAACUGGCCUUGAGUCCUUAAAACCACAUUUAAGCUCAACUUUGGCAGAACAAGUGACCCAUGCCCUGUACCAACCACUCCAAAGGGGAAUUCCAAGAGUUGAAGCUAGGCAUUACAUUUCUGUUUAUGAAAAGGAUGCUUCUAGGAAUGAAAAGCUAUUGAGGCUUGCAAAGAUUGAUUUCAAUCAGGUACAGAUGUUACACAAGGAAGAACUCUACCACAUCUCCAGGUGGUGGAAAGAGUGGGAUCUACGGUCACAUAUCCCUUAUGUGAGGGACAGAGCAGUGGAGUGCUUUUUCUAUUCUACAGCAAUGAUACCUACGAUGCUUAUGGUACCUAUGAAGAACUCAAAUGUUUCACAAAUGCAGUGCAAAGGAGGUAUGAUUGUGUCACAUCAAGUGCUCAUGUGCAGGGAUGAAGUCAGAAUUUUACCUUAUGUGGUGGGGCCAUAA